GUCCAGGUUUGGAUGCUUCUGUUGACUACGUUUUGCUAAAAUUCAGACCCUUGUCGCUCUCCUGAAUCGAUUCUACAGCAUUUUCUGGACGAAAUCUCUAGUCUUUUUUUUUUCUGGGUUUGAUUUCUUGAAGUGGCUGAUUGCGCAAGUAGAUACAAGUCUGGAUUUUGGUACGAGCCAUUUGCUUAUACAAGGAGAAAGGGAAUUGGUAUAGACUAAAGGCUUUGCCUUUUCUAGUGUUUUUUCGAAUGUCAAAAUAAGUUUUUGGCUGCUUUUUGGAUUAUUGAUUUUGGAAAUCUGGGUGGAUGGAGAACGAUGAGAUGUAUCCUGAUGAGCCUGUAGGUUCUGAGUUGGAAGCUGAGGAGAUCAUUGCUCAAUCUCCAAACCAGACAUUUACCGUUGAAGGAGGAGAAGGGAGUGAUGUGGUUUUUGCAAGAGAGGCACCUCUUAUAGGUAGAAAUCAACAGAGCAAUGGAUCUAGUGCAAAGAAACUGAAAUGCAGGGGACUUGGGCAACAGAAGAAGCUUAAUAGACAGGAUAGAAUCGAAUUGGGACGACUUUUCCAAGGUGCUGUUAGCUCACAGGAUUGGCAACUCUCUGAGAGGUUUAUUCAUCUGGCUGAUCCACAAACUUUGAAUGAUCUUUUGUGUAUUAGUUUAGAUUCUAUUUGGUUCUUGACCACAGAGCAUGAGUUACGGGGAAUCACAGAAUUGAUUGCAAAGAUCAUAUGUCAUGGUGCUCAUGACUAUACUAGAGCUACACUUAGGACUUCGUUUCUUGCUUCUUGUGUUUCAUCUUGCCAGAGUCGGACUGUGAGUCUUGCUGAUACUGUAACUGUUAUGGCUCAAAGGUUGCACGAGCGUCUCCAAGAGUGUAACGGUGAUGAAGUCCUUAAAGCAGAAGCUGGUGCUAAAGUUCAAAAGUUUACUGAAUGGGCCCUCAAAUGUAUAGGUUUUCACUCCCGAUGCCAGGGCCCUAGAGAUAAAUCUAACCAAGACUCAGCUGCUGAGAGCCAACUCCAGCUUUCUGCUUUCAAGAUGUUCUUAGAUCUUGCAGGAAACCAUCUAUCAGGAAAGGAUUUCACAGAAGCUUUUGAUGCAGCUUGCUUCCCGCUUACGCUGUUUUCUACCUCAUUUAAUCCUGGCUGGGCUUCUGGAAUCUCAGCUACUGUCAUACAUGGAUUGCUUGGUAUGCUGGUAGAAGGAGGCGCAGAUAAUGUAAAUCAGUGCUUCCUUGAAGCUUCUCGUUUUGGGAGCACAGAACUUGUGCGCAUCUUGUUGCAGAUAGCUCAAAGGAAUAGCUUAGACGUGGAUGUUGACUUAGCACUGGGUUUUGCCUCGCAUUAUAGUAAAUUUCAAACGAUGGAUUGCCUUGUGGAAGAAGGUCAUGCAAUUGCUUUCUUGGGUCCCUUGAUGAGAGCAGCAGAGAGAGGUUGCAUGCAAGUUGUUCAAUGGUUUGUGAAACGAGGCUGUCGUGAAAUGGAGCUAUGCUUAGCUCUCACAGCCGCCACUUCAAGCAGCCAGGUCGAGGUCGCUGCUUAUCUCCUUCCUCAUGUACCACGACCUGUCCUCACUGCUCUCAGCAUUGAAAUCCUCAAAGCAGCCGGUGAAAGAAGUGGUGGUUCCCUCCACGGAGUAGAGUUUCUCCUUAAAUCAGAUUUCCUCGGGGAUCCAAUAGCUACAUAUUCAGUUGCAGAAACCAUUGCAAAGUCAGAAGACGAGUCUGUUCCUUCAGAUCUCAAAUCCUUUCUCCAAGAACACUGGUCAGAGGCUGCAUUCAACCAAGGACUGAGGGAAAGCCGGGAAAAUUUCAUGAAUUUCAUGAGGGUUCUGAAACUCGGAGAGUCUGCAAUAAGUAUAAAGGAUCUCCCAGCACCAUUGAGAGUAGCAAUUGCCUACAUGCCGCUGUACAGAGAGUUUGUGAAUGCGGGUGGGCGGCUGCUCUCACAAAAGCUAAGGGGGCAGCUCGUAGAGACUGUAAAACAGCUUCAAGGCUUCGAUGUAGACACAGAAGAAGUAAAGAAAGGUCAUCAUCAGCUAAUGGCAGUUUUGGAGCAUCACCUUCCUCUUUUUUUGGUCAAAGCUUCUUCACACUGAGCAACAAUGGAUUCAGCAUCUGAGUUAGGGCAACUCGUUUUCUUAAAAAUAGUUGAAAAAAUAAGAACUGGAAAACAACCAUACCACUACAGGUUGUGAGAUGAUGAAAAAGGGUUCUUGUACAAACGUCCUACGAGAAUGUCUUUGUCAAGUCUCUCUAUAUCUGUCUUUUAUGCAUCCUAAACCAUUGGAGAGAUAAUCAAAGCCUUUUAUAUUA